AUGAUCAAUGUCAGGAACUACUUUUUGCAAUACAAACAGGUAAUACACACUCCAGACUUGCUGCUGGACCUCAUCUGUGUGCUGGGAGGUUACACAAAAGUCAAACUGGUAAACGGUUCAGACUCUUGUUCUGGAAGAGUGGAGCUUCAGUUCCUCAAUGAGUGGGGCACAGUGUGUGAUGCAUGCUGGAAUAUGAGAGCUGCCAGUGUCCUCUGUAGACAGCUGAAUUGUGGGAUUGCUGUGUCUGUUGUGGGAUCAGACUGGUUUGGAGAGGGAAGUGUUGAAAUCUGGGCUGAUGUGUUUGAUUAUUCCUCUCUGGCUCUUCAUGAUGGUCUGGUGCGGUUGUCUGGAGAGAGACAGUGUGAGGGAGAGCUGGAAGUUUUCCUCCAUCAGGUCUGGAGGAGAGUUCUGCUGGACUCCUGGAGUCUCACUGAAUCAUCUGUGGUCUGCAGACAGCUGGACUGUGGCUCUGUGCUGGACUUCUACAGCUCCUCUUCAUCCAGUCCUGAACACAGUCAUGAGUGUGUGACAGGCUUCCAGUGCUCUGGGAGUGAAGCUCAUCUGGGGAACUGCAGCUCUCCACAAACUCUCAACUGCAGCUCCACACAACAGCUGUACAUCACCUGCCUUGGUCGAGGGUCCAUCAGGCUGGUGGGUUCUGGGGGAGACUGUGCAGGGAGGCUGGAGGUUUUUCACAGCGGCUCAUGGGGGACAGUGUGUGAUGACUCCUGGGAUAUUAAAGAUGCUCAUGUGGUGUGCAGACAGCUGCAGUGUGGAGUGGCCCUCAGUAACCAGCAGGUACCAGCCUGGUUUGGUCCUGGUUCUGGACACAUAUGGCUGGAUGAGGUGGAGUGUGAGGGGAAUGAGACGUCCCUGUGGAGCUGCUCUUCUUCAGGCUGGGGAAAACAUGACUGUAAUCACAAGGAGGAUGUAGGAGUCGUGUGCUCAGAUUUUAAAGAGAUCAGGAUAACUGAGGGCUGUGAAGGGAAUGUGGAGGUUUUCUACAAUGGAUCUUGGGGUAAUGUGUGCUGGAACCAGAUGGACAAAGACACAGUGAGUCUGAUCUGUCAAGAGCUGAACUGUGGAAGAUCUGGUGUCUUGUCUGCUUCUACACCAAGACUGAAAUCAGCUCCUAAAUGGCUGGAUAAAGUUACAUGUCGACCACAUGAUUCAAAUCUGUGGCAGUGUCCAUCUUCCCCCUGGGGACAGAAUGACUGUGGUGAAGAUGAAGUCACCAAAAUCAACUGCUCAGAACAUAAAAGCCACGAGUCCCCUCGAAGCUAUCUGACAUGGUCCUCAUCUCCCCACCAGAAACAGUGUUCAGAUCAUGUUCCUCUCAGACUGAGUGGAGGGGAGGGCCGGUGCUCUGGGAGGCUGGAGGUGUAUCAUAACGCUGUGUGGGGCUCAGUCUGUGAUGAUCAGUGGGACAUCAGCGAUGCUCAGGUGGUCUGCAGGCAGCUGGGUUGUGGAGCAGCACUGAGGGUUGAUGGGAAUUCAGUCUUUGGUGCUGGUGAAGGUGUUGUGUGGAUGAACAGAGUCGAGUGCAGAGGAAAUGAGAUUCACCUGUGGGACUGUUCUCUCUCCCUGAAAAACCACACUGACUGCUCCCACAAAGAGCACGCUGGACUCACCUGUGCAGAUGUAUCAGUGUCCACUACUCCUGCCACAACAACAUCAGCUUCUCCUUCAGUUUCUCCUCCAGUGCGCUCAACAUCAGUCUCUCCUCCACAAACUCUCUCCGUCCCCCCAGUGCUUGUGAUUGUUCUGGGAGUUGUGCUCUUACUGCUCUUAGUGCCACUGCUUAUACUGAUUCAGCAGAACAGAGUGAUGAGGAGAGCUCUCUCUAAGAGGAGACACAAGAUGAAGACUGAGGCCGUUUAUGAGGAGCUUCAGCGGAGACCCAUUAAUAGACAUAGUCUCCCCACUCAGAGGGUAAACUCUUCAGUAGGAGUCACCCCUGACUACUAUAAUGGCAUCACCACCACAGAAGGUCCACCAGCUUAUGUGAAUGUGAGGUUGGCUGGUGGUCACAGUCGCUGUGCUGGUAGAGUGAAGGUUCUUCACAGAGGUCAGUGGGGAACAGUGUGUGAUGAUUUCUGGGAUCUAAAAGAUGCUGCAGUGGUGUGUAGAGAGCUGGACUGUGGAGAACCUGUAGAUGUUCUGUAUAAUGCUCAUUUUGGACAAGGAUCAGGACCAGUCUGGAUGAGUUAUGUCAUGUGUACUGGAUCAGAAUCUACACUGAAGAACUGUGGGUCAUUGGGAUGGGAUAAACACAACUGUGAUCAUUCUAAAGUUGCUGGGGUCAUCUGCUCAGAAGUCAGGCUGGUUGGAGGUUCUCGCUGCUCUGGGAGGUUAGAGAUACUUUAUGAUCAGACGUGGAUGUCAGUGUGUGACGCUGUCUUUGACCAGCAGGAUGCAGAGGUUGUGUGUAGAGAGCUGGACUGUGGGGCUCCUGUACAGGUGCUGGGAGCAGCUGCUUUUGACAAAGGAGACACUCAGAUGUGGACACAAGAGAAUCAGUGCAGAGGAAAUGAGUCUCAGAUUUCAUUCUGUUCAAUAUCAUCACACAAACACACCUGUGCCAGUGACAAUAUAUUCCUUAAUUGUUCUGACUGGUUUGGAGAGGGAAGUGGUGAAAUCUGGGCUGAUGUGUUUGAUUGUGACGGGAAUGAAACAAAACUCUCAGAAUGUUCCAUCUCUUCAUGGAGUCGAGCUGAAUGUUCUCACAGACGAGAUGUUGGAGUCAUUUGCUCUGAUUCCUCUCUGGCUCUUCAUGAUGGUCUGGUGCGGUUGUCUGGAGAGAGACAGUGUGAGGGGGAGCUGGAAGUUUUCUUCCAUCAGGUCUGGAGGAGAGUUCUGCUGGACUCCUGGACUCUCACUGAAUCCUCUGUGGUCUGCAGACAGCUGGGGUGUGGCUCUGUGCUGAACUUCUACGGCUCCUCUUCAUCCAGUCCUGAACACAGUCAUGAGUGUGUGACGGGCUUCCAGUGCUCUGGGAGUGAAGCUCAUCUGGGGAACUGCAGCUCUCCACAAACUCUCAACUGCAGCUCCACACAACAGCUGUACAUCACCUGCCUUGGCCGUGGGUCCAUCAGGCUGGUGGGUUCUGGGGGAGACUGUGCAGGGAGGCUGGAGGUUUUUCACAGCGGCUCAUGGGGGACAGUGUGUGAUGACUCCUGGGAUAUUAAAGAUGCCCAUGUGGUGUGCAGACAGCUGCAGUGUGGAGUGGCCCUCAGUAACCAGCAGGUACCAGCCUGGUUUGGUCCUGGUUCUGGACACAUAUGGCUGGAUGAGGUGGAGUGUGAGGGGAAUGAGACGUCCCUGUGGAGCUGCUCUUCUUCAGGCUGGGGAAAACAUGACUGUAAACACAAGGAGGAUGUAGGAGUCGUGUGCUCAGAUUUUAAAGAGACCAGGUUAACUGAGGGCUGUGAAGGGAAUGUGGAGGUUUUCUACAAUGGAUCUUGGGGUAAUGUGUGCUGGAACCAGAUGGACAGAGACACAGUGAGACAGAUCUGUCAAGAGCUGAUAAGAUCUGGUCUUUUGUCUGCUUCUACACCAAGACUGAAAUCAGCUCCUAACUGGCUGGAUAAAGUAACAUGUCGACCACAUGAUUCAAGUCUGUGGCACUGUCCAUCUUUAGCCUGGGGACAGAAUGACUGCAAAAGGGAUGAAGUGGCCACAAUCACCUGUUCAGCUAAUAGAAAGAAGGCUGAAGCCCGUCUAACUGGCGGGGGCCCACCACCACCUCCCCUAACCCCAUCUGAGGAGCUGGCUCUGUCCCUUAAUAAAGGGCGACCAGUGGUUGCUGGCAUUCCAGGGGGCACUUCAUCACACACACCAUGCACCACAAGUAACAUGGUGACAUAUACUGACAGAGGGAUUGUAUUAUUGGACCCUACAGAAAGAACACAGUCUGUCACAGCUUCUUCCAUCUCUGUUGUGUGCAAAACCCUGUUGGGGUUCCUCUGGGCCAUCUUCCUCAAUCCAAGGAGGGUGGCUCUCUCCUCUUAUAGUGGCAAUGUUGUGAAGCACAACACAAGCCACUAUGAUGUCGCAUGCCCUCUCUGGACUGACCCGGAGCCCACGCAGACACUGAAACCUAGACUUCAGGAUCCCUAUGAACGCCUAGCUCUCAGACUGAGUGGAGGUAAGGGCCGGUGCUCUGGGAGGCUGGAGGUGUAUCAUAACGCUGUGUGGGGCUCAGUCUGUGAUGAUCAGUGGGACAUCAGCGAUGCUCAGGUGGUCUGCAGGCAGCUGGGUUGUGGAGCAGCACUGAGGGCUGAUGGGAAUUCAGUCUUUGGUUCUGGUGAAGGUGUUGUGUGGAUGAACAGAGUCGAGUGCAGAGGGAAUGAGAUUCACCUGUGGGACUGUCCUCUCUCCCUGAAAAACCACACUGACUGCUCCCACAAAGAGCACGCUGGACUCACCUGUACAGAUUUUACAGAUGUAUCAGUGUCCUCUACUCCUGCCACAACAACAUCAGCUUCUCCUCCAGUUUCUCCUCCCGUGCGCUCAACAUCAGUCUCUCCUCCACAAACUCUCUCAGUCCCCCCAGUGCUUGUGAUUGUUCUGGGAGUUGUGCUCUUACUGCUCUUAGUGCCACUGCUUAUACUGAUUCAGCAGAACAGAGUGAUGAGGAGAGGAAGUGUCAUUUCUACAGAACAGCAUUCUGGGUAUGAAGAUGCUGAUGAGCUUCUUUCAGAAGAGCAACAAGUCACACCUGAAGAUUAUGAUGAUAUAAUCACUGUUGGAUUGAGACAUUAA